AUGUAUUCAAGGACGAUCAGCGGCCAACAGGCCAGCCAGGAACACGUACUAGCCGUCUCCCGGGACUUCAUCGCCCAGCCCCGACUCACUUAUAAGACGGUGUCUGGAGUGAACGGCCCGUUGGUGAUAUUGGACGAGGUGAAGUUCCCGAAGUACGCCGAGAUCGUAGAGCUGAAGCUCGCAGAUGGCUCCUUACGUUCCGGCCAGGUGCUCGAGGUGUCCGGCUCCAAAGCCGUGGUCCAGGUCUUCGAGGGUACAUCGGGCAUCGACGCGAAGAACACUCACUGCGAGUUCACCGGUGACAUCCUGCGGACCCCGGUAUCCGAGGACAUGUUGGGCCGUGUGUUCAACGGCUCAGGCAAACCGAUCGAUAAGGGCCCGCCGAUCCUGGCCGAGGAUUACCUGGACAUCCAAGGACAACCCAUCAACCCGUGGUCCCGUAUCUACCCGGAGGAAAUGAUUCAAACUGGAAUAUCAGCCAUCGACGUUAUGAAUUCCAUCGCCCGUGGCCAGAAGAUUCCCAUCUUCUCCGCCGCUGGCUUGCCGCAUAACGAGAUCGCCGCGCAGAUUUGCCGUCAGGCGGGCCUCGUGAAGGUGCCGGGCAAGUCCGUCCUGGACUCCCACGAGGACAACUUCGCCAUCGUGUUCGCGGCGAUGGGCGUCAACAUGGAGACUGCGCGUUUCUUCAAGCAGGACUUCGAGGAGAACGGCUCGAUGGAGAACGUGUGCCUCUUCCUGAACCUGGCCAACGACCCGACGAUCGAGCGCAUCAUCACUCCGCGUCUCGCCCUGACCGCGGCCGAGUUCCUCGCGUAUCAGUGCGAGAAGCACGUCCUGGUGAUCCUCACCGACAUGUCGUCGUACGCCGAGGCGUUGCGCGAGGUCUCGGCCGCUCGCGAGGAGGUGCCGGGUAGACGCGGCUUCCCCGGCUACAUGUACACCGACCUGGCGACCAUCUACGAGCGCGCCGGCCGUGUCGAGGGUCGCAACGGCUCCAUCACGCAGAUACCGAUUCUCACUAUGCCGAACGACGACAUCACCCAUCCGAUCCCCGAUCUCACGGGUUACAUCACCGAGGGCCAGAUCUACGUCGACCGUCAGCUGCACAACCGGCAGAUCUAUCCGCCCGUGAACGUGCUGCCGUCCCUCUCGCGUCUCAUGAAGUCCGCCAUUGGCGAGGGCAUGACGCGGAAAGAUCACUCUGACGUGUCCAACCAGCUGUACGCCUGUUACGCCAUCGGGAAGGACGUGCAGGCGAUGAAAGCCGUCGUGGGAGAGGAGGCGUUGACGCCGGACGACCUGCUCUACCUGGAAUUCUUGUCGAAGUUCGAGAAGAACUUCAUCUCGCAGGGCAGCUACGAGAACCGCACGGUGUUCGAGUCGUUGGACAUCGGCUGGCAGCUCCUGCGAAUCUUCCCCAAGGAGAUGCUCAAGCGAAUCCCGGCCAGCACCCUCGCGGAAUUCUAUCCGAGGGAUUCCCGUCAUUAAUCCGCCGGUUUUAUUUAUGACGAGUCUUAGCUUUACGCCACAUUCAGUCAGAUUGUGUCGCCGGAGCUUGAAAUGAAAUUCGGCGGAAUUAUAACGCGCGUUAUAUAUAUACAUAUAUAUAUAUCAGCCCUCUAUCGGGCUCCGUUCAUCCGACAUUGAUCGGAACAGAGAAAGGAUUACACUAUCCUCGCGUAUUCACAGAGUACAUCGACGAGUAACUUGAUAAGAGAAGAAUAUUUAAAUUGGCACUUUUUGCGAAGGAGGAACAGAGGUAGAGAGAGAGAGAGAGAGAGAGAGAGAGCGAGCGACGCGCCUUGUUGCACCUUGAUAAAUAUUAACGAGUACAACAAGCUCAUCGGGAUCGUUCUUUUCCUUCUUCGGUGUUGUGCAAAAUGAGAGAGUGCGAGAGUAAAUAGUAGUUCGAAAAUGAUUGGGCGAAUCCGCCCGGAAUCCUACGGACGGAUCUCUCUCCCUCUCUCUCUCUCUCUCUGUAGCCACGAUUCCGAUGCUCUGCGUGUGUGUGUUGUCUAUCAUGAAAAUAAUAAAAAGAAAGAACAACUGUGAAUAUAUUAUAUCGUAUUUCAACUGUAACUGCAUGCCUCUCGUGCUUAGAGCGGUGCUCACUCACGCUAAGCCGACCAUUGUAAAGUGUAAUAUAUCAUACAGUAUUAACAUAGACGGAAAGUAUAGCGGGACACGUAGUAGUUCGCGAACACAUUGUACUUUGCGUUCCCUACAUUCCACAUUUGCGAAAUUCACAUAUAACAAGUUUUAUGCGUUUGAGCCAAAUCCAAGGGAGAGAUGUUUUGACCUACAUGUACAGAUACUUUAGAGGACGUUUCUGAGCGAAACAUUAUCGAACCAUUGUCUCUGCGAAAGGCAAGAUGUAUAUGUUAGAGAAUUAAAGGAAUAUUGUUGUCUUUGA